AUGGGUGGUCGUAAACCUUGUUGUGAUGAGGUUGGAUUGAAAAAGGGUCCAUGGACGGCGGAGGAAGAUGGGAAACUAGUUGAUUUCUUAAGGACACGUGGUGGCGGAGGAGGAUGGUGCUGGAGAGACGUGCCAAAACUGGCGGGGCUAAGGCGGUGCGGCAAAAGUUGCCGUCUCCGGUGGACUAAUUAUCUCCGGCCAGAUCUCAAGAGAGGCCUUUUCAGUGAAGAUGAAAUCCAACUAGUCAUUGAUCUUCAUGCUCGACUUGGCAAUAGAUGGUCGAAGAUUGCAGCAGAAUUACCGGGAAGAACAGACAACGAUAUAAAAAAUUACUGGAACACUCAUAUUAAGAGGAAGCUUAUAAGAAUGGGUAUUGAUCCAGCCACACAUCGUCGAUUUGACCAAGAAAUAGUCAACCACGAGGAAGAGGAGAAGAUAUUAGUCAACGGUCAAAGCCCUCCGUCCGAGACAGAGGUACCGGUGGUUUUGGAGAAUGACACGUCAGCAGGAAAUCUAAACCAGCUGGCUAACGAUGAUCAGCCGUGGAGCUUUCUAAUGGAGAAUGACGGAGGCGGAGGUGGAGCCGGAGAGCUCACGAUGCUAUUGUCCGGCGACAUUGCGUCAUCAUGUUCAUCGUCUUCAUCGUUGUGGUUGAAGUAUGGAGAUUUGGGAUAUGAAGAUUUAGAACUUGGAUGUUUCGAUGAUUAG